AUGCCAAGUGACAAGACCACUGGGGGAGGAGAUGACUCCGUCAACACCGUCCUCAGUGAGACCGGGGCUGACGGGCAUGUGUCCGGCGCAGCAUUUGUAGACCUCCAACCCACAGUUGUUGAAGUUCACACCAGCCCCCAUCACCAGCUCCUCCACCCCGCACAGCUCAUCACAGGCAAGGAAGGUGCUGCCGUAACUGUGCCCGAGGGCACCACACCAUCGGUUUCCACAGCUGUGGUUGAGCCCUACAACUCCAUGCUCAUGACCCACACCACCCUAGAGUGCUCUGAUUGUGCCUUCAUGGUAGACAACGAGCCCAUCUGUGACGUCGAACCGGAGGCUGAAAGGGGACCCUCGCCACGACAAACACGGCUGCCCGCCCGUCGUAUCGUGGCGGACGUGGUUCCCAAAGAUGUCCAUGCUGCCGCUGCUGCCAUCAAGACCAAGCACACCACCCAGUUUGUGGACUGGUGCCCCAGUGGCUUCAAAGUUGGCAUGAAUUACCUGCCUCUGACUAGGGUACCUGGUGGAGACCCGGCCAAAGUACAUAUUUGUUACCACGAGGUCACUGUCCCCAACAGUCAGCAGUCCCUGGCUCUUCCCACUGCCGCCAGAGUGCCUCUUGACCCCAGCGUCACGGUGACUGGAAGCAUUGCUUUUAUCCCUCAGAAGACACAAGCCCAGAAAGAAGAUGGUUUUCCUGGCUCUCAGUUUGAAGUUUUAACCUCUCAUAAGAAAGGUAAGGAUUCUAACUAUUCAAAACCAGAAUAUAUUGCUGGAUUUUUAAAAUAUGGAUUUAAUGCCAUUCUCAGUGAAAGCUUGGGCAGUGAGAGAGAUGUGCCAGAUACCAGGAAUAAAAUGUGUCUUCAAAAACAUUACCCAGCCAACCUACCCACUGCCAGUGUGGUUAUUUGCUUCCACAAUGAGGAAUUUAACGCCUUGUUUCGGACCAUGUCUAGUGUCAUAAACCUCACGCCACAACACAUCCUUGAAGAAAUUAUUUUGGUAGAUGACAUGAGCAACUUUGAUGAUUUGAAAGAGAAACUAGACCAUCGCCUGGAAAUUUUUCGGGGCAAGAUUAAAUUAAUAAGAAACAAAAAGAAAGAGGGACUGAUCCGAUCAAGGCUGAUUGGAGCCUCUCGUGCUUCAGGGGAUGUUCUGGUGUUCCUGGAUAGCCACUGCGAGGUGAAUCAUGUGUGGCUACAGCCCUUGCUGCACGCCAUUGCCAAGGACCCCAAAAUGGUGGUGUGUCCUCUGAUAGAUCCCAUUGACUAUGAGACCCUAGAAUACCGGCCCUCUCCAGUCAUAAGGGGUGCUUUCAACUGGCAUCUAGAAUUUAAAUGGGAUAAUGUUUUCUCUUAUGAGAUGGAUGGACCAGAAGGACCCACUAGACCCAUCCGGUCACCUGCAAUGGCUGGAGGAAUUUUUGCUAUAAAUAGGCAUUAUUUUAAUGAGAUUGGACAGUACGACAGGGACAUGGAACUCUGGGGAACAGAAAAUUUGGAACUUUCACUAAGGAUCUGGAUGUGUGGAGGCCAACUCUUUAUACUCCCCUGCUCUCGAGUGGGACACAUCAAUAAGCCGCACUUUCCAAAUCAACCUGGGCUUGUAAAAGCCGUGACAUAUAACAAUCUCAGAUUGGUGCAUGUUUGGCUGGAUGAAUACAAGGAGCAGUUUUUUUUACGGCGACCUGGUCUGAAAUCUGUUGCCUACGGAAACAUUAGUGAGCGUGUUGAAUUGAGGAAACGACUGGGUUGCAAAUCAUUUCAGUGGUAUUUGGAAAAUGUCUUCCCAGAACUGGAGACAUCUAAGGGCAGCCAAUGAAAAGGAAACAAAUCAUUUUCAUUAAUGAAGGGCUAAAAAUCCCCCUAGGUCUUCAACACAGA